UCUCUACAUAACAGUAUCCUUCAUUCCUAGGUAGCUUAAUUCAUUAAAAAUAUGGAUGCAGAAAAUAAGAGCAGAGCAGAUCUUGCUCUCCCAAAUCCACAAGAAUCCCCCAGUGUGCCUGACAUUGAGCUUUUGGAAGUAUCUCCUGCUGCUGAAGCUCUGCCAGAGAAACCAGCGCUACCCCCACCACAGCAGACAUGGCAGACAGUUUUGAAGAGCGAUUUGGAGUUUCUGGGGGUAACACAAAUUCUGGUUGGCUUGGUAUGCCUUUGUUUUGGAACAAUUGUCUGCUCCUCAGUGUAUGUUUCAGACUUUGAUGACGAAGUGCUCCUAUCAUAUAGAGCAGGCUAUCCAUUCUGGGGAGCAGUGCUGUUUGUUUUGUCUGGAUUUUUGUCGGUUAUGUCCGAAAGAAAAAACACACUGUAUCUGGUGAGAGGAAGCCUGGGAGCGAACAUCGUCAGCAGCAUCGCUGCAGGAACAGGGAUCAUCGUACUGAUCCUCAACCUGAGCCACAAUUCCACCUACCUGAAAUACUGUAAGGAUCUGAACGAGGACGAUGGCUGCUUUGUGACAGCUUUCAUCACAGAAAUGGUAUCCAUGAUGCUGUUCCUCACCAUGCUGGCCUUUUGCAGUGCUGUGCUGUUCACAGUCUAUAGGAUUGGGGAAGCAUUCAAGAGUAAUAAGGUCACAGAUGAUCGUCUUUAUGAAGAACUAAAUGUUUAUUCACCAAUUUACAGUGAGUUGGAAGACAAAGCAGAAACACCUUCUCCCGUUGGUUCAUAAGAAUCAGGGGACCAGAGCAAUCUGAUUCACAGUGAAAUCCUGAAAGACUUUUUACAAAAUUAUGGCAAAAUUAGUUUGUUUCACUUUCUGCCAGUUUUACAAUUAUUCUCCGAUGCCAAUGUUUUAGUAUGCUGUUUCUGAUCCUCUAAAUAUCCCUUUUUGUGAAUAUUUUCCACUCCAAAUUUCUUAUUUUGUGUCACAAUCUCACAAACAUUCAUUCUGGAAAAUCAUCAAGGAAUAAGUUAGCUUAUGAACAAAAGGAAAACAAGGAGGAAGUAUGCUGAGAAAUUAACUAAACUUAGAAAAUCAGUAAAUACCUUUCUUUUAGUUGUUCAUAGAAUUCUCAACAGCUAUAGUUGGGCAUGAUAUACAUCUACUAUUAUCCAUCCCUACCUAUAUAACUAUUUUUAACAUGAUAUAUAAUUUUAUAUGGAAAUAUUUUGAACCCCAGUGAUAAUGACUUUUUCAAAGACACAACAUUUUACAAAAAUUGUAUAUUUUCUGAUCCAUCAUUACAUUCACUAGCACAGUUAUUGUUCACUGGUGUUUAUAAAUAGAGAAUAGGGAAUGCUAUUAAGUCAUUCAGUCUAAUAGGGUACAUAGGUAAAAUCAAGGACAUUUUGAGUGUAUGUAUCAUUCAGCUAGGCACAUGUGAUGAAUGAUGAAUACAUUGAUGAAGACGAAUUGAAAAGUAGUCAAUGGAAAUGACAAGAAGUGGUCAUGUAUAACAUAUGUAGAUAAAUAUUUACCACAAAUUUGGUAGGUCUGGGCGUGUAUGUCUAGAAUCCCAGCACAAGGCCAGACUCUGUUACAUAGUGAGUUAGAAGCCAGCCUGGGCUACACAGGAUACUACAUCAAAGAACCAAAGAAGAAAUUGGUUCAAGUUGUUAACACCUUAAAAGAUGUUAAACAGACACCAAUUGACUGAUAUAUUGAGUGUUUGAGUCUUUAAUAAAACUGAAUAUUAAUAACAUUGUUGGGGAGAGAAGCAGUAAUGUAGGAAUCUGAAUGGUGGAAGAGUAACAGAGGCAAACUCAGUCUUAGACUUUAAUUCUGAGAUAGUUAUGAAAGUGAUCAUUAUUAAAUGAAGAAUAUCAAAUUGCUAGAAGAACUAUUUUGAGAUAGAAUUAAGUCAGGUUAAACUCCUAUAUUUAGAAAGGGAAAGACAGAAUCAAAUCCAGAAAGCAUAACAAUUGGUCGGAAAAGCAUAUUACAAAAGACCAGACAGCAGGUAGCGUGUGGUGGAGAAAGUCAAGCAAAGAGACCAUACAUGCUGGCUUGGGAAGAAUAGGAGAAAACAGCAAUCCUAAAUGAUUGCAAAAUAUGAAGAGGGGUUGGGGUGGGGUGGGCAGAGGGGUAGAACAUUUGCAAAAGUGUUCAGAGAGACUGUGAAUAGGAGGUAGUGAAGACAAAGAGCUGAGAAAAUGACUUCAUUGCUGUUGUUUAGAUUUUUAAAAGAAACAAAAUGAAGUUGAUAACAUAACCUAGUUAACAAGACCCAGUCAGACAUUGAAAACUCUGUUUGGGGGCUCAGUUAUCUGCCCCUUGAACAUGGUGGGCACACUUUUAUAAAUAUUCAUAUGUUCACACAGCCAUAAUUCCUUGCUUCACUGUCUACCCACUGUGUACUGAAGUGCACUUGUGACAGCCUUAUGCAUAUUUCAACUGCUAUUUUUACAAUGAAUCAGAGUUAUUUCACUUGAUUUUUGUGCUUGCAAAUAAAGUUGAGAGAAUAGGGAGGAAAUUUUGAAGAAGAAAAAUUGAGGGUGGAGAUGAUCAUGUUUUGUUGUACACAUUCAUAAAGUUCUCAAGGAUAAAGAAAAAUAAUUUUAAAAAGCAUCGGGUAGUUUAAAACAAUUAAUUAAAUGAUGCCAAGGACCAAGAACAAUUUUUAGUAUUUAAUACUCAAUCCUUUCCCAGUAGAACUGGGUAAUUAACUCUGGAGGCAGAAAGCAGAAUGCAGGACUGGCUGCCAACCACAUUUUGUUAGUUAAUUGGGUGAACAGGACAUGGUCAUGUUUUGCUAGUUGAUGAUACUGAUACUAACUCAAUUGCUGUAGGAGCUUGUUAAUGUGGCUUUCCCUGGUGAGCCUAUAUCAUUCUGGGUUCAUCCAAGAGGCACAACCAGUAGGAGGUGAAGAUAGAUGGAUAGGAGUGGGAAAUAAAAUAUAAAUGGAAAAUUCCCUAAACCAGAGGUCCAUGUGAUAGAUGUAAAUGGACCAGACCUUAAAUAGGCAGGAGGCACUGGGCCCUGCCUUUCCUAGCAGCUGGCGCCUGCUUGCAUGGGCACUCUUAGUUUAUCUUAGGGCUAAAACGUUACAGCCUGCUACAUAACUGAGCUCAUGUGUCAGGAAGGAAGAGGUGCUUUCAAGCUCCAGGAUGUACAGUAGAUAAGAUUUUGAGUUUUCAGAGCAUAGAAAUUAAACUAGAAAGAAAAACCUAAACAAAUUUGGAAUGAUGGAUAUGUCAGACAUUGGGAAGAUUGCUCCCCGAGAAGCACCCAGCCAAUGACAGAGAGAGCAAAGGAUUCUGUUUAGGACUAUUAAAAACACUAUUUCAUGCUAAAUUCAUAUCAGCUUCAUUGACCUUUCUUUGGGUUAGUGACUUGUUCAGCAGAAAUAAAAACAGAACUGCCAGGCUUUUGCUAUUUGAAGUGUCUUAAAUCUGUUAUUAGGGAGUGGAGGAUAUCUUAUUUCCCACAGUAGAGAGAGAGAGAUACAGGAGAGGAUCAAUUAGGGAGACUGACCCAAAUGGUUAGAGAGACAGAGUAAUCAUAUGACAAAGUAUCUGCAAGAUGGAGAAGCUGGAACAUCUUUAGUGUGGAUUAGUCCAAUUCCAAGUUUCCAGAAAUAAGGCAUCUUGUGGUGUAGUCUGAGGCCACAGGCCUUAGCCCUUGGAUUCAGGGACCAAGUCUGUGAGUAUACAGCCUUCAAAUUCCUUUCCUGCAUUGUAACUCAGGACAUAUCAGACACCCCUACAACUUGUUGUGUUCCAGCCAAUCAACCUAAUGAGCUGUUAAUGUCCUUUUCUAA